UGUGUUAUUAUCCAAUGUCCUUUUUGGUUGUAAGGUUAACUUAAAAUUUCAAAUUCCUAAAAGCUUGUGAAAACCAAGUGAAAGCCUCAAAAUGGGCUUAGCAGGUACAAUUUACCAAACCCUUUUCCGCAGAUCUUCAACAGCUGCUAUUACAAUUGUAAUCGGAGCAUACGCAACGGAACGUAUCAUAGAUGAAGGUAGCACGCUACUCUGGAAGAACUACAAUAAAGGGAAAUUAUGGGAUGACAUCAAGCACAAGUAUGAAAAAUAAUAAAAGGAAUUAACCUAAACAAUUUAUUUAAGUCAUGUAGCAAUUCAAUUUAAGAAGUCUUAUCUGUAAAUUUUUCUGUUGUUGUUAAUAAAUGUUCCAAUCUCGGA